UGGGGGAGCUUGAGGAAAGCUUGAGCCGCAGCAUGAACUUCUCAUAGCAAUAGCUUUCUCAGUAUAGUUUUCCUUUCCUUUCAGUUUUUCCCCUUCAAGAACUAAAGUUCCUAGCCAUGGCUGCAUCCUUCUCCGUGCCUUCAAUGUAUCUCUACAAGGCCCAGAGUUUGUGAUGAGAUAUUCUCCUGAUCGUGUGAACAGAUAAUGGAGGAAGAAGGGAGGUUCGAAGCCGAGGUGGCGGAGGUGCAAGCAUGGUGGAACUCUGAGAGGUUCAAGCUGACCCGAAGGCCUUACGCAGCCCGUGACGUGGUAUCCCUGAGGGGCAACCUGAGGCAGAGCUAUGGCUCGAACGAUAUGGCCAAAAAGCUCUGGAGGACCCUCAAGACCCACCAAGCCAAUGGGACUGCGUCUCGGACUUUUGGGGCCCUUGACCCUGUCCAAGUCACCAUGAUGGCCAAGCACCUGGACACAAUAUACGUCUCAGGCUGGCAGUGCUCCUCGACCCACACCUCCACCAACGAGCCUGGGCCCGACCUUGCUGAUUAUCCCUAUGAUACUGUGCCCAAUAAGGUGGAGCACCUCUUCUUCGCCCAGCAGUACCACGAUCGGAAGCAGAGAGAGGCAAGGAUGAGCAUGAGCCGCGAGGAGCGAGCCCGGACCCCCUAUGUGGACUAUCUCAAGCCCAUUAUCGCAGAUGGUGACACAGGCUUUGGUGGGACCACCGCGACGGUUAAGCUCGGCAAGCUCUUUGUGGAGCGUGGCGCUGCUGGAGUCCAUAUUGAGGACCAGUCCUCUGUGACUAAGAAGUGUGGCCACAUGGCAGGGAAGGUUCUUGUGGCAGUCAGCGAGCACAUUAAUCGCCUUGUAGCAGCGAGGCUGCAGUUCGACGUGAUGGGGACUGAGACAGUCCUUGUGGCCCGGACUGAUGCUGUGGCAGCCAAUCUUAUCCAGACAAAUGUUGAUACAAGGGACCAUCAGUUCAUUCUCGGGGCCACAAACCCGAACCUCAGGGGAAAGAGCUUGGCCACUCUCUUGGCUGAGGGAAUGGCCUCUUGCAAAACCGGACCUGAGCUUCAGGCUAUUGAGGAUAACUGGCUCUCGAUGGCCCAGCUCAAGACCUUCUCCGAAUGCGUCACGGACGCAAUCAGGAGCAUGAACAUCAGAGAGGAUGAAAAGAGGAGGAGGCUCGAGGAGUGGGCGAACCAUUCGAGCUACGACAAGUGCCUGUCCAAUGAGCAGGCCCGAGAGAUCGCCGAGAGGCUGGGUGUCACCAACCUCUUCUGGGACGGGGACUUGCCCCGGACCCGAGAAGGGUUCUACCGGUUCAAGGGCUCUGUGAUGGCCGCUGUAGUGCGUGGAUGGGCAUUUGCACCCCACUGCGAUCUCAUUUGGAUGGAGACUUCAAGCCCCGACUUGGUGGAGUGCACAAAGUUUGCUGAAGGCGUAAAGUCAGUCCACCCUGAAAUGAUGUUGGCCUACAACCUCUCUCCGUCCUUCAACUGGGAUGCCUCUGGGAUGACUGAUGAGCAGAUGAAGGAGUUCAUCCCGAGGAUUGCGAAGCUGGGAUACUGCUGGCAGUUUAUCACACUUGCAGGUUUCCACGCCGAUGCCCUAGUGAUCGACACAUUUGCUCGGGAUUAUGCUAGAAGGGGCAUGCUUGCCUACGUAGAGAGGAUCCAGAGGGAGGAGCGGAACAAUGGAGUCGACACUCUGGCCCAUCAGAAAUGGUCCGGUGCCAACUACUAUGACAAGUACCUCAAGACUGUUCAGGGAGGGAUCUCUUCUACGGCUGCCAUGGGCAAAGGUGUGACUGAGGAGCAGUUCAAGGAGACGUGGACAAGGCCUGGGGCAACUGAGCUGAGCCAGAGCGCUGCAGUUGUGGUGGCGAAGGCGAGAAUGUAAUUUCUCCAGAGCUUUGGUUCGAGUAUGGGUCGAGGGUCAUCGGGGAAAAAAUAUUGCCCAGUUUCUCUAUUUUGUGGAACUGGAGUUUGAAUAAUUAGCAGUUGCAAUAAUUUUAGAUGUCAUUGGGGGGUGAAAAUUGGGUCAUCAUCCUGGGCAAACAUUUCUGGCCCUUAGUACCGUCUCUUCUUUGUAGCUCUCUCUUCAGAGCCGUCAUGAUCAGUAAUGUCGAAACUUGUUUGUGAUUACAGCAAUUUGUUAUUUUCAUAAUCAAAAUUUUCAUUUCUCU